GCUGCUCCUGUGGGGGAACCGGGUCAUCCCGGAGGCAUUGACAUGAACCCGGAUCAAAACUGCAGCUUCUACCGCGAGGUUCUGAUUGGCAUCCUCCGCUCCCUCAACACCCUGGCAGAAAAGCUUAACCUUGAAGAUGAUGUGGUGAAAAUUACAAUCGAUUGGAACAAGCUUCAGAGCCUCUCAACACUCCAGCCAGCAUUGCUCUUUAGUGCUCUUGAACAACAUGUUUUAUAUUUUCAGCCUUUUUUAGAAAGACUUCAGUGCCUGAUUAAAGAGGAAAAUAUAACUGCCAUUGAAGAGGCUGAUAAGACAAAAACAAGCAACAAAAAUGAUACAAAAAUAUGCCCUGAUGAUAACCCAUGUGCUGAUGAAAAAUACAAAGAUUGUCUUUUGGGAGGUCUUAAAGACAAGCAAAUUAUCUUUGAUCCAGAAGUAGUCCAGAUAAAAGCUGGAAAAGCAGAAAUUGACAGAAGAAUAUCAGCAUUCAUUGAACGAAAGCAAGCUGAGAUCAAUGAAAACAAUGUCAGAGAAUUUUGUAAUGUAAUUGAUUGUAAUCAAGAGAAUAGCUGUGCAAGGACUGAUGCAGUUUUUACUCCUUAUCCAGGGUUUAAAAGUCAUGUCAAGGUUUCUAGAGUUGUGAAUACCUAUGGCCCACAAACUAGAGCUGAAGGAACACAGGGAACUGGUCAUAAAAUUAGUAACAUGCUUCGUGAUUGUGGGAACCAGGCUGUAGAAGAAAGACUGCAAAAUAUUGAAGCUCAUUUGCGAUUGCAUACAGGUGGUCCAGUACCUAGAGACAUUUAUCAGAGAAUUAAAAAACUUGAGGAUAAAAUCUUGGAAUUGGAAGGAAUUUCCCCAGAAUAUUUUCAAUCUGUUAAUUUUUCUGGAAAAAGAAGAAAAGUGCAACCACCACAACAGAACUAUUCAUUGGCUGAACUUGAUGAAAAAAUUAGUGCCCUUAAACAAGCUCUCCUAAGGAAAUCAAAUGAAACAGAAUCCAUGGUCACUGAUCAGCUUCCAUAAUGAAGUCUCUUCAUCAAUGGCAUUUUUGUCACACAUGUAACUUAAGGAUCUCUUUAGACAGUCUUUACACCAAAUUUUUUCUUGAAGUUUUGCUAGAAGCGUGCUAGAAUGUUAGUCCUAUAAAUAAAUAAAUAUAACUACUAGUUUAUUUUAAAAUAUUUUGUGAAUGCUUUGAAAAUAGAAGUAGCUGAAUUUGUUCCCUUCUGUUCUUAAGGAGGUGUUUUAGCAUUGUUGUUGUUUUUAGAAAGUUAAAAAAAUUAAUUUGCAAAAUCGUAUUUUUAUCUGUAAUUAUUUGUGGACCAGGAAGACCAAACUUUUAUAUUUUCAAUAUUGGUGUUUAUUGUUUUUAUUUUUUUAAAUAGUAUCCUGUUUUUAUAAUGUCUGUUUUUAAAUACCAUUGUUUAUGUAAAUAAAUGAAAUUUUCAUGUC